AUGCAUUCAGAAGCUGUGGAACUGCACCCCAAUUGGUAUGCACUGUCUACAGCUAGCUUUCCGAUAAAACGUUUUGUUCGUGGACUGGAAUUGCAAAGUGCUGAGGAUAUUCCAAAUAAACAAAAGUACUGUAGUCCAGGUGAAACAAAUGGCGUUGAGGUGCAACAGUUUUAUGAGAAAUUAAUAAUUAAAUCUGAAAAUAAUAACAUCUGCUCUGCUCCGUUAGCACCUGCUUGUCAAUCAUUUCCUGCAAAGCACCGCAAUUCGUUGGAUUUCGAUCGUAAUAAAUUUUUUCGGUUCGCCACUUCGAAUAAUGUAAAGGAAUUAGCUCGUUUUAAUUAUCAGGCGAACAAUAUCAAUGUCUGCGAUGAAUUUGGAUGGACUGCACUCAUGAUGGCUGCUUGUGAAGGUGCAACAGAUGCUGUUCGUAUGUUGCUAGAGUCGGGUGCUGACAAAAGUAUUAAAGAAAAGAGUGGACGCACUGCUUUGGAUUUUGCCAAGCAAAAAAAACAUGAAAACAUAGCAAUUAUGCUGCAAUCUGAGUAUCAGAACGAAAAUACUCAUCUUAAGCGGAAGCAGUGCUCGUCCGUAAUUUCGAAUGUGCCUUUUUAUUGCUCUCUCUGCAACCUAACAUUCUCAGAUACAUCACAGUACCAGCACCAAACAUCAACUUUGCACCAAUUUAAUAUGAAGCCCAGUAAAUGUGCAAAUAAGUUAAAUAAAUUUAAUAUUUCCUCCAAGAAUCGUGGCCUGCAACUUAUGGUUAAACAGGGCUGGGAUAAGGAAAGUGGGUUAGGCCCAACACAAACCGGCCGAUUAUAUCCCAUUAAGACGGUGAUACGAAAGAAACGCAGUGGACUCGGAACCGACCAAGAGCCAGCGCGAGUGACACACUUUGGUGCGAAUGAUUUGCAAGCCACAAAACACAACAAAUCAUUCUUUUUGCAUAAUAAGAAAAGGCGUUCCCGUAAUGAUAUCCGUUCAGAGAAAUUGCGCGAAUGGAAAAGGGAACGGCGACUUCGCAGAGAGCUGAGCUAAGACAGUAUAAAAGAUCGAUUAGGGGUGCAGUUGUGGGCUUAGAAAUAUACUACAAUAUAAAAUUUUCCAUAUUUCUACAGUUGCUCGCACAAAUAUGU